AUGACUGGGCAGAUAGAUCACCAGGCAGUAUAUGUUGAGAACCCGAUUAGCAAUUUCACCGUGAAUUUACCGCAGAGGGGAUGCGUCUUUACACUCUCGGGGGUCUCCAGUAGUCUGCUGGAGUUCCUAGGGAUGCUGAAGUGUAUGAUACCCGAUAAUGAACCGCUGUUAGACUACAACAAUUACGGAUGCUACUGCGGAUUUCUAGGCUCCGGUACACCUGUGGAUGAGCUGGAUAGGUGCUGCUAUAAUCAUGACAAUUGCUAUGGGGAAUACCAGACUGUUGGCGGCUGUAAAUCUACACUACAAUAUCCAUAUAUGAACUUCUAUUCAUAUACUUGUGUUGAUAAGGAAGUAACCUGCAAAAACGCUAACAAUCCAUGUGAGAUGUUCAUCUGCGAGUGCGACCGGACUGCAGCCAUCUGCUUCUCUCAAGCAACUUACAACGAGGAAAACAAAAACCUGGAUACGACCAAGCACUGUCAAUGAUGGAGUCUGGAUGCCGGGAAUCAGAGUGCCCUGCCGGUACACAAACACAUCAGCUCUGUCAGGACGCCCCACUUUUACCAUUAAUUAAAAAGAAAAGCACACUUUGCCCAGAUUCUCUGCUUAUAUUUUUAUAUCUAGCCCAACUCAUCCUUGAUCCAUGCACGGGAUAUCCCACGUAUGCUCACAAUGAUGUACUGCUGAGAUAUCUACAUACCCUCAGCAAUCCCAUUCUGUUGAUCAAUUGAUAAAGCUUUGCUUCUGCUCCUCGAUCUUUUGGAACCCUCUCCAAAA